GGGCCUAUUGGGCAUAUAUUAAGGCCGUUAAAUAUCUUCACCACGACGACGUCGCCCGUGCUCGUGUCCGUCGGAAGGAGCGUUGAUGGAGGAGAUCUCAUUGGGCGGUUGGAAAAACCUUUGAAAAUGGAGAAAUCGACAUUGACGGCAACUCAAAUCGCUGAACCUCCUCCUUCUGCUACCUCAAAUCUUGCAGCACAAGAUCUUUCGCUUCCUACAGCCGCAGAUGAGAGAUCUUCGCCGGCGAUGGAAUUGGAUAGCUCGCCUGGAGCCGCGGCUCAGGCACAUGUAGGAGCUCAGGUGCCUGCGCCUCCGUUGAUAGCUGCAACGGAUCCGUCGUCUAGGGGCCGGAAGCGAGCGUUGGAAGGGAACCUCCAGAUCGAGAACUCCAACUACUACAAGUUGCGUCUCCUUGUCAAAGAUGUUCGCCCUCAAGUUCUCGAGCUACUACGGACUCCAGACUUCAGGAACUGCAAGGCAGCAACUGAAAUUCAAGAGAAGAUGAAGCUUAUGCUUCAACUGUACCAAGAGAUGAUUGGAGAAACACCCAAACGUGAAAAAGCAACCAAGAGCGAGUCCUUACCCAACGGAAAGGCGACCAAUCAAACACCUCAUCAUAGUACUAUUACUACUGAAGUGAGAUCAUCUGAGACGAGCUCUGUUCAGCACAACUCUGACACGGUGGUCGGAGGGUCCGCUUUUGGCUGGAACUUCGUAACCUAUGGAGGCACAGAUGCUGUUUACUGUGGAAUGUCCAAGGAAGAAUACAGAGGCUCUCACCCAAUUAUCCCAGCCGUGGUAGAGGCCGAGUUGCACAACACGUCA